UAACCACCUUGAAGCUCCCCGCCCUUUUGAGCUUCCCCCUGCUACUCUAAGAUCGCCUUCCUUGUUCUUUUAUCCCACCGUGCCAAUGCCGACCGAAUGUUUUGCGGCGUUCCGAUAAUGUAUUUUCUACGAAGAUGAGGUUGUUGCUUUAAGAGGUCCAUUUUUCUCCCACAUGUAUUCCAAUCGGGCGGCCGCUCAUGUCCUGAAGAGGGCAACCCGCGGGGCGCGAGAAAUUCGCCGCGGGAUUGUUACCGACGCAGAUGUCGAGCAGGCCCGGAAGUAUUGCCUGAACCAGCUCAAGCAUGGCGAUUAUGAGGCGUACUUGACCCGCCAGUUCGUUCCGCGAUCUGCGCGAGACGCCUACGAUGCGCUACGAACACUCAAUCUCGAACUUGCUCGAUUGCCCGAGACCGUCUCUAGCCCGACCAUUGGCCAAUUUCGCAUACAGUUUUGGCGCGAUACGGUGCAGAAGAUCUUUGCCGGCAACCCUCCUAGAGAGCCAAUCUCAAUCCUGUUGCACAGCGCCGUCUCAAGCCUCACGUCCAGGGUGGGAAAAAGCGGUGCAAACUCAUUGAAGUUUUGGCUGCUGCGCUUGAUCAAUACACGAGAAAAGCAUAUGGAAAACAAGCCUUUUACAGAUUUGGCUGCCUUGGAGGAUUACGCCGAGAAUACGUACGCCACCUUGAUGUACACGACGCUUGGUACUAUUCCUUUGCGGUCUGUACAUUUGGACCAUCUGGCGAGCCACAUUGGCAAGGCAUGCGGUAUUAUUGCCACGUUACGGGGAAUACCUGUUCUUGCGGCACCUUCACGACCCGUCCAAGGUCCGGCCGGCGCCAGCGUUGGCAACACGCGGAACCCAGCCCUUUUGCUCCCACUGGAUGUUAUGGCUGAGGCAGGCCUGAAGGAAGAGGAUGUUUUUCGUAGGGGCCCAGAUGCGGAAUUUCUGCAGGACGCCAUCUUCAAGUCCGGGGCUGGGCCUGGGCACGACUAUGAACAUGAAGGCGAUACGGACCACAUAUACUCCCCAGACGAUCCGGAGAGCACGAGUACUGAUAUUAGACGAGGGUUUGGCGUGUUACUAGAGGCGAUCCCUGCCGCGGACUAUUUACAACGUCUAGAGAGCUCUAACUUUGAUCCAUUUAAGGUCCGGGGCACCUGGAAGCUUCCUUGGAGAUUGUGGCAGGGGCUAAGACGCCAGCAAAUUUGAUUUCCUGGUUAUAUAUUUGGCUGUGCCCUGUAAAUAUACCCCAUUGGGAUAGAGAGGAACUCGGGGUGUACUCAAAAAUAGCCGUACUGUUGUUUGCUUGCAUAUAUCUGUAAUACGAGGAAUUAAACCUGGAUGUCACAUUGGUUCCUGUGAUUAGGUUUAA